CUAUGCUGCUUACGAUGCCGAUGGCCCAAUGGAGGAUUACGAGUAUCCUGGUGCACUAACGCCAUCGCAAAAACAACAAUUCGAACAACAGCUAUUAAAACGCCAACGACUACAACUGCAACCUAGACCGCAAAACCGCCCACAACAGACCACUACAAUAGAGCAGCAACAGCAGGCGGUCCAGGGGGCCGACCCGCACAAUCGGCCAACCACUAGCAGCAACAACAACAACAACAACCCGCCCACUGAGAAUUCACUGUUAUCCACAUUGAAAAGCCUCAAAACCAUGUGGGACAUUUACCAGGCGUUUUCUGCCGCUUGGAAUUCGCUCGCGACACACCGACAACAGCAAGAGCAACAACAACAAGAGGCAGCCAAACGUCGUCAACAGCAAAUUGCACAACAAACGCGUAUCAAUUCGAAAAAGCCGCCCAAAAUCGGCGCGAACGAUAAAUACACACAAAGGAAUAACAGCAGCAGCAGCGCGGAGAGCAGCGAGGUGACCGGUGCAACUGCCCCAAAUGCGGCAAAACGAGUUAAGCCAAACAACAGAGCGACAAAAAAUCCUAAAACGACGACAAAAACAACAACAACAGCGCAAAGUACGACCUCAACUGAGCUUGUGGCGAGCAGCGAAGUGGAAGAGACGGUUGCCAACAGCAGCAGCAAUGGUGGCAACAAUAGAAACGCGGGCUCAAAGGGUGAUACGAUGGCGCGCCAAAAUGCUCAGGGUAACCGUGAGAAACGUCAAAGCACUGACACAGCUGUGACGGAAUCGACUGAUGUGGGCGAAGGUCGUUACAUCAAAGGCGAUCCGCUGAAGGGCUACUAUGAUUUCGUCAUCACCGAAGGCUCGUACAAAUUCUGGGCUGUUUUUCAGACUGGCACCGCAUUGCUGAUUAUUUACUCAACUUUCGCCGCCAUUUACUACUCGAAAGUAAAUCCAUUGGUGUCCGAUUAUGACUACACCGACUACUUGGGUGGCGCACGAUCGCUGAGCGGUGGCGACGAUGACUUCAUCGAUGAUGACAGUGACGGUGAGAGCGGUGGCAAGCAUGGACGACGCAGCAGCUGGCUGGAUGCAAUGUUGCCACGCGCUGGACGCACAAUGAAAUAUAUACUCGAUGCGCUCGAUAAACUGCCCGUGGAUCAUCGUGAGGCGGACGCAGCGAUGCGUGGCGAACGUGCAGGCGCAGCGACGACAAAUGAGCAGGCGAUUGGUGAAGGUGAUGCAACAGGAAAUGCGUAUGAAAAUGAAAAUGACGAUGACGAUGACGCUAACGUUGCAACGAGACAAAGCGCGGAGGAAGUAGGUAGCGAAGCGGCGCCUGAAGAAUUGGAGACAACGCAGCGGCAAGUGCGCGCCUAUGCGGCUUGACGGCGUUAAUGAGUGUAUGCUGUAGUAAUUUCUACGUUCGAUUGGUCACGAGACACACAGGCGCAGGCAUACUGAUUUAUAUUUUUUAUACUUGUAUAUGUAAUAUGUCUCACAUAUUUUCAGGCGCCACAGCCUUGGCAGCUAUAAAAACGCGUAGCCAUAAAUUCUGACGCAAUUAUUUACAAUAGUUUUCUUUAUUUUCUGCAUUCUUUGUUUUUUUUUUUUAAUUUU